AUGGAGUAUUCCAAUCUCAUUCAUUGGGAUUCCAUAUUUUCUGCUCCUGGCAUCUGUAGUCAUGCCAUCAAGCAGCCCCGGUCCGACACAACCUGCGUAAUCUACAUGUUGCCGGGGAGAAUUGACCACUUGAAGACCGAAGCCCUCAAAGACAACCCACUAAUGAAUUGCACCACACUCAGUGUCCUCGCAGCAAACAUCUGGAAGGCAAGAACCAUUGCCACAGGUUUGCCUGAUGACCGGAUAUCUACCAUGUUAUUCCCCGUGGUUAUACGCAAAAGGGUGGUCCCACACGUGCUAGAUGGGUUUGCAGGCAAUGCAGUCAUGCCAGGGUUUGUACGUGCGAGCACGCAUGAGCUGAAGACGAGUAGGGCUUCUGUUCUUGUGGGGAAAAUUCAAGAAGGGCUAGAAAGGUUGGAUGAUGGGUAUGUGAAAUCAGGUAUUGAUUGGCUUGAAGUGCAUAAAGGGGUGCCUUGUAUGGUUGAUAGCUUCUCAGUGGUGGCUUGGUGGAAGCUUGGAUUGGAGAUGGCCCAUUUUGGGUGGGGCCCUAUUAGAUGUAUUACCCUAGCUGAAAUGAAGCCAGGCCUGGUCUUUCUAUUGCCAGGGGAGAAAGAUGAGGGAGGGAUUAAUGUGUGCUUGGAACUACCUUCUGAUCAUAUGAAGGAAUUUUACAAGCUAAUGAUGGAAGAUUGA